GUCAUAUUAAUCAUCUAAAACAAUAUACAGGUGUAGAGCAUAAAUAGAGAAAAAAAUAAAUGUAUUCUUAACAUUACUGUUUAUAUUAACGUGAGGAUUCAGCUCUUUGUGUAAAACACAACAGAUAGCCGAGGCUGAUGUGAAUGUCAUUAGUUUCGUAGAUUUAUUCAUUUAUUCAGUCACCUGAAAGUUGCUAUUUAGUAACAAACAUGAAGGAAGAAGAAGUGUUCCUGCAGAGCUGCUGCAGCGUGUUUGGGUCUGCUGUGUCUUCUCCUUCUGAUUGGACUCUAUACACCAAAGGAAACUCUGAACGAGACCAGUUGCAGACCAGCUACAACAACCUGACUGAAGAACGAGACCAGUUGCAGACCAGCUACAACGACCUGAAAAUAGAGCUCCAACGAUUUGAAGACAUAGCCAAAGAGAAAACUGGUCUUUGGGGAAUGUUUAAAGAUGCAGACAAGAUCCAGACUCUGGAGCCAAAAAGAACUGGACUUGCACUCUCAGAUGUGAAGAAGAGUUCCUGCAGAGCUGCUGCAGUGUGUUUGGGUCUGCUGUGUCUUCUCCUUCUGACUGGACUCAUAACUCUGGUUUUCCUAUACACCAAAGGCAACUCUGAACGAGACCAGUUACAGACCAGCUACAACAACCUGACUGAAGAACGAAACCAGUUACAGACCAGCUACAUCAACCUGAAUAAAGAACAGGACCAGCUCCAAAAGAGAUUUGAUGACAUGGCCAAAGAGAGAAAUUAUCUGCAGAGAAAACUCCAAGAAUUGGGAUGGGUGUAUUUCAGCGGUAGCUUCUAUUACAUUUCUUCUCUGGCGAAGUCCUGGCAACAAAGUAGAGAUGACUGUCAGCAGAGAGGUGCAGACCUGGUGAUUAUCAACAGCAAAGAAGAACAGGACUUCAUAAGAAGUUUCCGGAAGCGCAUGUGGAUUGGACUGACUGACAGAGAGAGAGAGGGCACGUGGAAAUGGGGGGAUGGGACUCCACUGACCACAAGUUUCUGGGUUUCUGGUGAACCAAAUGGUCAACCAUACAGGGAAGAGGACUGUGCAGAAAUCCUGAGCUCUAAUUCACUAAACAGCUGGAAUGAUGUAUCAUGUGACGAUCAAAGAUCCUGGAUCUGUGAAAAAACACCAUUUUAAUUUAGUUGUACCUAUAAUAUGGUUUAUGUUUUCUUCUGUUUACUUGAUAUUUAUGUGUCCUGUUUGUGGCAGAAGUGACUUAUUUCACUGGAAAGUGGAUAUUUAGAAAGUAUUCAAAUUAUACAAAUAACUAUUAGGAACCAUACUAAAUGUCGGUUUACUCAGAUCAUGAGUUGCCUUUCAUAAACCAGGUAACAUAACACUUUGAAACACUGUUGAGUAGCAACAUCAAAGACCCUGAAAUCAAACUAGCAAUUGAUGUGUUAUAUAAAGCUGGCAGAUGCUCCACAGGUGAUGGUGUGGUUACACAAAUUUCAUCAAACACGUCCUUUGAACUAAUAAUACCUCACAUAGAUCCAAAAUACUUUCAGUGUCUUUGUCUUUAAGUUUGUGUUUAUGUCAUCAUAUCAGCUGACAGUUUUGCAAAGGCAAAUGCAUCGUUUUGGAGACCAAGCUGGCUGAGAGAGCCUGUAGCAGAAAAGAAUGCAGCUACUGGCCCCAAGACCAAACAAAUUCCAAUCUUAUCUUGACCUCCCCACACCUGCAGGGCCUUGGCCAAGGCUUCUGCUGGAAUAACAACUCCCCCGGAAGAUCACUACAGCGAGAUGCUCUUAUGCCCCACCCCCACGCCCCCGCCUUCACCGCUUUGCUCCCCCCAGCCUGACAAGGCGGGUCUGUGACCAGCGCCGAAAUGGCUGCAGGACCGGAUGGCUGCAUGACUGUGCUGGGAUUACUCAAACCCCCCAUCCCCUAUCCCCUGGUUGCUAGUGAUGUGUCUCAUGUUGUAGAGUGUACUAUAUAUGUGCUAUAAUUGCUGAGGUGUUUUUGUCCUGCUCCCAGAGUGACUCCUGUCAAAGAGCACAGGUUCUUUUUUUCUCCUCCCCUAUCCCCAUGUUGUAAUGACAUGUUGUAUCUCUUUUCCUUUUUCCUUGUGUAUUUGCAUUUCGUUGCCUUGUAUUUAUACAUGUGUAAUGACAAUAAAUUGAAUCUCAUCUCAUCUCAUCUCAUCAUCAUUGAAUUAUAUGUGCCAACAUGUCCCUGAUUGUUGUACAGUCAGGAUGCAGGUUCAAGGCUGUUCCACAGAUAUCAGCAGCAGCACGUUCAGCACUCUGGACAGAGACAGCAGCUACCUGCUCUGUUGGUGUCAGUUCAGCACCUCAGACAGGAAGCUCCACCUGUACUCACCUGGGAGACAGAGACACAGCUGCAGCCAAUCACAAAGCAUCCUGAUAGACCACAGAAGGAGCUCAAUGAUUUAUAAUACAACACCAAAAAACUGUGUAAGAGCCACUUAAGCCAUGUAGUUUUAUUUUAAGGCCGUCAUGCAACGGUCAGUGCACAUUUGCACAGGGAAAU